AUGGAUGAGCUUUUCAAAUCUGUCAUAGCUCAAUCAAAGCAAUAUGAAAGUAAUGAAGAUACUGUUCUUUUGAAUCUAAUAUCUGAAUCAUAUAUGAAUGCUAAUCACUGGAGCACGCGAAGGCAGAUAUUGUCUAUUAUUGCCGACCAAGUGUCGUUUCAAACGAUCCAGAAGUGGAUACCGGGAAUAACUAGGUAUCGUUUUGAUGAAGCAAGAAAACAUAAAGUCUCACAUGGGAGGGGUGCAACAGUUCAGGUUCCUCAACACAGUAGAAUGUACGUGUCUGAUGAUCAGCUUGAUCAUUUCUUGGACUUUAUUACUAGCGGCCAUAUCGUGCAGGAUUUACCGUUUGGCGAAAGAAAACUCAAACUGUCUAACAAUGAAAGUGUUUCCGUUCCAAAUGUUAUUAGAACACUUAUUCCAGAACAAAUCAUACGCCAGUACCAUGCCUACUGUAACGAAGAUGUAUCGGAAAAACUUGGUGACUCUAGUGGGUUGGGUCUGUCUUGGUCAAAASAAAAAAGGGAAAAGCUGAAAUUAGCCAAGCGCUAUCUCAAGGGAGAUUAUAAGGUUCAUGUCUCGAAAAACUCAUCCAUCGCUGACCACUGUACAGUAUAUGCUUUAAGCUGCCCCAAUGAUGACGAUCAUAAGCAAGAUUGUAACCACAGACAUGACGAUAUAUGCKAUAGAUGUCAGCAACUUACCAAGGUUAUAUGCGACAUAGAGCAAGGCUUAGAAAAGGCGGAAUGUACACUUGCCGUCAAAAAGGAACUGUCGUUCAUAAUUUCUGAAGCAAAAAAGAACAUCUACGCCUGGAAAGCUCAUUUGCUUCGGUCAGCAAACCAAGAUCAACGUAGAUUAGACGUCCUGAACAACCUAGACUCAACCUCACUACUGUUGACGAUCGACUGGGCCAUGAAAUACCAACCCAAGAAAUAUCGCGAAAGCCAAAGCGAAUGGUUUGGGAAAAGAGGGAUUCCCUGGCAUAUAACCGUCGUAACUAAGAAGAAUGMAUCCGGCGAAAUGGAGACGCUGACUUUCGUGCAUCUUUUUGAAAGUGUAGCUCAGACAAGUACCACUGUCCUUGCUAUCUUUGAUGACGUUAUCAAGCAACUAAAAGCAGUGAUGCCAGAAAUGCAGAACCUUUACUUAAGACAGGAUAACGCUGGCUGUUAUCACAGCGGGUUAAACAUGAUUGCAGCGAGGUAUGUGGCCAAAGCCAAUGGAAUCAGCCUUGCAAGCAUGGAUUUCUCUGAUCCACAAGGCGGCAAAGGUUGCUGCGACAGGAAAGCAGCAACCAUUAAAUCUCACAUGACCGCCUACCUAAACUCAGGUCAUGAUAUUUCAACAGCCACGGAGAUGGAAAAAGCUAUCAACUCUUUAGGAGGAGUACCUGGCGUAAAUGUUCGUUUGUGUUUGAUGACACAAGAAGAACUCCAAGCGUUAAAAUGGGAUGGAGUGAGCUACGUCAAUAAUCUUCAAUACGAUGACACAAAGGUUAAAGUUUGGAAGGCAUACGGGAUAGGAAAAGGAAAGAGUUUACUUUGGAGUAAGUUUGAUUUUACUGAGGAAGACACGCUGCCAAGUCUAACAUCUACCAGUACCUCAACAGCUGCCUUUGUUACUGUAAAAAAGACGCGACAGGCUCCCAGUGCCGCAAAAGAAAAACAUGACGACAAAACAGAUGAAAGUGAACAGGAAUCAACCAACGCUGCAACAUCUAGUUCUGAAGAUAUCUUCGCUUGUCCCGAUGAAAGCUGUGUAAAGACCUAUCGCCGAUAUUCAUCUCUAGAGAAACACUUAGAUUAUGGAAAACACAAGCAAGCGCUACAAUUUGAAACUCUCUAUGAUCGAGCAAUUCUUCGAUAUGCGUCAAGGUUGGAGUUGUCUCAAAGCGCCAUUCCAAGAAUAGAACGUGAUUUCAACAUUGAGACUGUCAGCGAACCAUCGCUAUCAAUGGGAUGGGCUCUGAAAUCCUCGACUGCUACCAAAAAGAGGUUCUCAGAUAAGCAGCACCGUUACCUAUUGGCUAAGUUUCAGAUUGGCGAGCAAACCGGAAGAAAAUGUAGUCCUGCUGAUGUGGCAGUGGAAAUGAGGAGAGCAAAAGGUGAAGAUGGAGAGCUCUUGUUUGAAAGUAACGAGUACCUUACCACCAAGCAAAUUACUGGGGUAUUUUCUCGCCUUUCUGCAAAACGCUCUUUGAAUGAUGAUGAUGAUGAUGAAAAUGAUGAGAGAAUGAAAGACAGGAAAGAAAUCAGAGAACAAGUGCAAAACGAAAUAUCCGUACAAUCACACCAUCCCAUCGUGUAUGACACUUACGACUUAUGCAGUCUAGUUCAAAAUAACAAACUCAGUUUAAGAUUAUCUGUCAAACUGCUACAAGAAAUUUGUACAAACUUUGGACUUGACAUUUCGCACAUCGAGGUGCAUCGAAAAAAGCCGUACAUUGACUUAUUAGAGCAAUUAGUAAAAGGAUGCACAUGCCACAAGAGAUAAAAGUACUGUGGGACCAGCC